CGAAACAUGAUUGCACCAGUUUUAAUUAGCACCACCAUGAAGGCGUUCAUCGUUUUAGCACUUUUCGGCGUGGCAGGCUUGGCCCAAGCCGAUGUUGCGGUGGACGCGUUAGACUCUACGAACACGGCCUAUGGAUACAUCAGAAACCACGGUAUCCCCGAAGCGGAGAGGAUUCGCGCGGCUGAGGAAAAGUACCUCGAGCAGACAAGGAUCGUUGGCGGAGUCCCCGCUGGUGCUGGACAGUACCCUUACCAGGCUGGACUUCUGCUGUCAAUUAUUGGUUUAGACGGUCUUGGUGUUUGCGGUGGUUCCCUCAUUAGCAACAACAGAGUCCUCACAGCAGCCCACUGUUGGUUCGACGGUGUGACUCAAUCAUGGAAGAUUACUGUUGUCCUUGGUUCCUCUACACUGUUCACUGGUGGACAACGACUUGAAACCAGUGUGGUUGCUACCCACCCUAACUGGAACCCCCUGCUGAUUCGUAAUGACGUCGCCAUCAUCUACUUACCAAACGCAGUCCAAUUUAGCAACCUCAUCUCUCCUAUUUCUCUGCCUUCUGGAGCUCUUCUAUCUGAAAACUUCGCCGGUGAAUCAGCCAUCGCUUCAGGAUUCGGAAGAACGAGUGACACCGCUUCAAUCACCAACAAUCAGUUCCUGAGCCACGUGAACUUGAACGUGAUCACCAACAGCGUCUGCUCCUUUGCCUUCCCCCUGAUCUUGGACGCCAGCCACAUCUGCACCAGCGGUAUCGGUGGUGUUGGUACCUGUGGCGGAGACUCCGGCGGCCCCCUCGUUAUCACAAGGGACAACAACAGAUACUUGAUUGGUGUGACAUCUUUCGGAUCAGCCUUAGGAUGUACUGCCGGUCUUCCCGCAGCGUUCUCAAGAGUCACCUCCCACAUCGACUUCAUCCAGCAGCACAUUAGUAAUUAUGAAUCUAGCACUAGUACUUGUACUUUGGUAAUCAUCAAUAUCAUAAUGAAGGUGUUUAUUCUGUUCGCUUUGGCAGCCGUUGCUUACGGCAACGCUGUACCAUCAAUCCCCAACACCGCAUAUGGAUACAUCCAGAACUAUGCUAUCCCACGCGCUGAAGCUAUCCGGAAGGCCGAGGAACAGAGUGUACGAAUCGUCGGCGGUUCACCUUCUGAACUUGGUCAAUUCCCUUACCAGGCUGGUCUUCUGGCUACCUACGAGAACGUCCAAGGAACAGGUGUGUGCGGAGGUUCCCUGAUCAGCGAAGACAGAGUUCUUACUGCCGCUCACUGCUGGUAUGAUGGUACAAACCAAGCAAACCAGUUUACAGUUGUCCUUGGCUCCGUAUUCCUAUUCUCCGGUGGUGUUCGCCAGGAAACGCGCCAAGUUGUUGUUCACCCCGCUUGGUCGCCUCUGCUCAUCCGUAACGACGUUGCCAUCAUUUACCUGCCUGCCAAAGUCUCGUUCUCAGAAACCAUUUCUCCUGUUGCUCUGCCUGCUGAUGAUGAAGAAAGUUUAUUCGUCAACGCUCAAGCUGUCGCUUCCGGUUUUGGAAUCACCAGUGACGGCUCUGGCAUCAGCGGCGCUCAAGUCCUGAGUCACGUCAACCUGCAGGUCAUCAGUAACAACGUUUGCUCGUUUGCCUUCCCAUUGAUCAUUCAAGACUCCAACAUCUGCACCAGCGGCAUUGGAGGCACCAGCACCUGCAGAGGCGACUCUGGCGGUCCCCUUGUGGUUGACCAGGACGGCACUCCUACUCUGAUCGGUAUCACCUCUUUCGGUUCUGCUUUGGGAUGCCAAAUUAACUUCCCUGCUGCCUUCGCCCGCGUCACAUCCUUCUUGACUUUCAUCAAGAGCCACCUGUAAACUACUUCGACACACAUAAAAGGAAGCUUCUUCCAAAUUCUUUUUACAUAUAUUAAAAACCUAAAUAUAUAUAAUGUGUAUUAUACUGUAUUAAAUUAACAAAAAUAA